GGGCCUAGGCGCAGACGCACUAAGCCUAAGCAGCCGGUGAUGGCGGCAGCGGCGGCUGUGGCUGCGGCGGGUCCGGGCCCAUGAGGCGACGACGGAGGCGGGACGGCUUUUACCCAGCGCCUGACUUCCGAGACAGGGAAGCUGAGGACAUGGCAGGAGUGUUUGACAUAGACCUGGACCAGCCAGAGGACGCAGGCUCUGAGGAUGAGCUGGAGGAGGGGGGUCAGUUAAAUGAAAGCAUGGACCAUGGGGGAGUUGGACCAUAUGAACUUGGCAUGGAACAUUGUGAGAAAUUUGAAAUCUCAGAAACUAGUGUGAACAGAGGGCCAGAAAAAAUCAGACCAGAAUGUUUUGAGCUACUUCGGGUACUUGGUAAAGGGGGCUAUGGAAAGGUUUUUCAAGUACGAAAAGUAACAGGAGCAAAUACUGGGAAAAUAUUUGCCAUGAAGGUGCUUAAAAAGGCAAUGAUAGUAAGAAAUGCUAAAGAUACAGCUCAUACAAAAGCAGAACGGAAUAUUCUGGAGGAAGUAAAGCAUCCCUUCAUUGUGGAUUUAAUUUAUGCCUUUCAGACCGGUGGAAAACUCUACCUCAUCCUUGAGUAUCUCAGUGGAGGAGAACUAUUUAUGCAGUUAGAAAGAGAGGGAAUAUUUAUGGAAGACACAGCUUGCUUUUACUUGGCAGAAAUCUCCAUGGCUUUGGGGCAUUUACAUCAAAAGGGAAUCAUCUACAGAGACCUGAAGCCGGAGAACAUCAUGCUUAAUCACCAAGGUCAUGUGAAAUUAACAGACUUUGGACUAUGCAAAGAAUCUAUUCAUGAUGGAACAGUCACACACACAUUUUGUGGAACAAUAGAAUACAUGGCCCCUGAAAUCUUGAUGAGAAGUGGCCACAAUCGUGCUGUGGAUUGGUGGAGUUUGGGAGCAUUAAUGUAUGACAUGCUGACUGGAGCACCUCCAUUCACUGGGGAGAAUAGAAAGAAAACAAUUGACAAAAUCCUCAAAUGUAAACUCAAUUUGCCUCCCUACCUCACACAAGAAGCCAGAGAUUUGCUUAAAAAGCUGCUGAAAAGAAAUGCUGCUUCUCGACUUGGAGCUGGUCCUGGGGACGCUGGAGAAGUUCAAGCUCAUCCAUUCUUCCGACAUAUUAAUUGGGAAGAACUUCUGGCUCGGAAGGUGGAGCCUCCCUUUAAACCUCUGUUGCAAUCCGAAGAGGAUGUGAGUCAGUUUGAUUCAAAGUUUACACGUCAGACACCUGUUGACAGCCCAGAUGACUCAACUCUCAGUGAAAGUGCCAACCAGGUCUUUCUGGGUUUUACAUAUGUGGCUCCAUCUGUACUUGAAAGUGUGAAAGAAAAGUUUUCUUUUGAACCAAAAAUUCGAUCACCACGAAGAUUUAUUGGCAGCCCAAGAACACCUGUCAGCCCCGUCAAAUUUUCUCCUGGGGAUUUCUGGGCAAGAGGUGCUUCAGCCAGCACAGCAAAUCCUCAGACGCCUGUGGAAUACCCAAUGGAAACAAGUGGAAUAGAGCAGAUGGAUGUGACAAUGAGUGGGGAAGCGUCAGCACCACUUCCAAUACGACAGCCGAACUCCGGGCCAUACAAAAAACAAGCUUUUCCCAUGAUCUCCAAACGGCCAGAGCACCUGCGAAUGAAUCUAUGACAAAGCAAUGCUUUAAUUAAUUUGAGGCAAAAACAAAAAAAGCAGGGGAAAAGGGAUGUGUGAGCAUCCUGCAAGAUGAAACAAGAAGAAUUAAAAAUGACAGUCUCAAAGAGUCAGUGUCAUUUCCUGGAAUGCUUUGGACAAAGGAAAAACAAACAUGGAUUUUUAAAAAUCAAUCAAUGGUGCAAACAAAAAAACUUGAGCAAAAUAGUAUUUCAGAACUCUUAGGCACAUCAAUUAAUUGGUUCCUAGCAACAUCUCAACCUUAUCAAGGAUUUUCACGUUGAUGGCUGGAAACUGACAGUAUUAAGAAUAGGAUGUUGCUUCUGAAUCACUGUCAAAUUCUGAUUGUGUCGGAGAAGGGUUUUCCUUUCAUUAGGCAAAGUAUGAAAUUGCCUAUAAUACUUGCAACUAAGGACAAAUUAGCAUGCAAGCUUGGUCAAACUUUUUCCAACAACAUGGAAUCAAAGACAGACUUAUCAAUUGAUGUUUUACGUGCAAACAACCUGAAUCUUUUUUUUAUAUAAAUAUAUAUUUUUCAAAUAGAUUUUUGAUUCAGCUCAUUAUGGAAAACAUCCCAAACUUUAAAAUGCGAAAUUAUUGGUGGUGUGAAGAAAGCCAGACAGCUUGUUUCUUCUCUUGAUGAAAUAAAAAAAUGCAAAUGAAUCAUUGUUAACCACAGCUGUGGCUCCUUUGAGGGCUUGGGGUGGACCUGGGGUUUAUUUUUAGUAACCCAGCUGCAAUACCUGUCUGUAAUACUAGGAAAACAACAGCAACAAUCUAUUUAAUCAUUUCUACUUGCAGUACUGCUAUGUGCUAAGCUUAACUGGAAGCCUUGGAAUGGGCAUAAAUUGUAUGUCCUACAUUUCAUCCUUGUACUGGGUCUACAUUGCACUGGAAAAAAGUCACCACCUGUUCUUAUACCAGUAUUUGGUUCAAGACACCAAAUGUGUUCAGCCCAUGGCUGAGGAAGGAUGGAAGAGAGUCAGGAUAAAAUGCAUACUGAGGGCAGCAAAAUGGGGAAGAUAGGAAUAUCCAGGGGAAGAGGGUGUUGCCAUGGUCCACUCUCUGUCUAAUCUCUUUAUGGCAAAUUGGUAAAAUUUUAAGUUUUACUUCGUUUUACUGUUUUUGCUGUCUACCUUCUUUAACAUUUUUUUCCUUAACAGUUUUAAAAAGGAAAAAAGGUCUAAUUUUUUUCUCCUAUACUGGGGCUACCUUUUUUGAUUGUAAAAAUACUUGAUGGCCUUUUGAUGAAUGUCUUCCACAGUGAAUAAGAAAACUUAGUGGCUUAAUUUAGGGAACAUGUUAACAGGACAUUGUUUUUGAAUUGUAACAAAAUCUACAUAAGUGAUUUACAGGUACAAAGAAUAAAUAAAGGUGACUUUACCUUUCUUAAAUACUUCCUGCCUUAAAGAGAGCAUUUCCAUGACUUUAGCUGGUCAAAGGGUUUAAUAUCUGCAGAGCUUUAUAAAAAUAUAUUUCAGCUCAUACUGGUAUAAGUAGAUGAUCAUGCAGUUGAGUCUUACCACUUCUUUUUUGUUUGUCUUUUAUAAUGUAUUCAGUCUGAGUGUCAAAGUCAAUUUGUAAUAGUUUGCAACCCUAGAAUUUUUUUAAAUAGAUGCUGCUUGCUAUGUUCUCCAAACCUUUUUGAGCCAUAGGAUCCAAGCCAUAAAAUUCUUUAUGCGUGUUGAAUUCAGUCAGAAAAGAGAAAAACUUUGCUUAUUUAAAUUGCAACUCAAGUGAGAUGUGAUGACAGUAAGCAAAAGAGAACCAUGAAAAAUGAUUGGAAAUAUACCUUUCAAUUGUGGCAAUAAGGAAAGAAUUGAUAAAAGUUCAUCUUUGGACAGAAAACCAUUAAAACAAACAAACAAACAAAAAAAUCCCUGUACCCCACCCUCUUACUGCAGCAGCCUACUAAGAAUUUUAUAAUUGUAACUGGUAAAUUAGAAGCUACACGAUGAUUAAGGGCAGAAAUUGUACUUAAAAAGUGCAGAUCUUUGUUCUCUGACAAUUGUGAUGUCUGGAAAAAACAAAUCCAAAAAGCUAUGGUGACAUGUAUAGGUAUUAUUUCAGACUGUAAAUGGCUUGUGCUACCCUGAUAACUUGUUUUCAAAUGUGUUUACUAACUGUAGUGUUGACUGCCUGACCAAAUUCCAGUGAAACUUUUACACCAAAAUAUUCCUCCUCAGUCCUAUCUGCUAGUAACAUGUGCACUGUGAUUGGCUGGCUAUAACACCCUAUAGUUAAUCUGUUUUCAUAAUUAGUAGUGCCAGCAAUAGGGGCGAACGCUGCAACUUUUUUGCAUAAAAAGCAUUAAUUGCACACUUACCAUCCACACAGAUAUUUAGUUUUUCUAACUUAACAUUUAUUAAGUGAAAUUAAUUUCCCAUGCUGUGUCAAGUUUAUUGAGAAAUUGUGUUGCAUAAAGUGGAUACCCCUACUAUGACUGUGAAAACAUGUCAAGUGUCACAUUAGUGCCACAGACAGAAAGCACACACCUAUGCAAUAUGGCGUACCCUAUAUUUAUUUGUAAAAAUUUAAGCAUAGUUUAAAAUAUAUGAUGUCAAUAUUACUAGUCUUGAGUUUCUAAGAUAGUUCUUUAUGGUUAUUCCAGGUAAGUGUAUAAAAAUGAUUAAGUGCUUUUCUUUCAUCACUUGAUUAUUUUCUUUACAAUCAGCUAUUAUGGGAUUUUUUUUUAUUUUAUACAUGCAGUUUUUUAAUUAAAAUGUAAUCACUGAACUGAAGUUUACUAAUUUGAUUUUAUAAGGUUUGUAGCAUUACAGAAUAACUAAACUGGGAUUUGUAAACCAGCUGUGAUUAACAAUGUAAAGUAUUAAUUAUUGAACUUGAACCAGAUUUUUAGGAAAAUUAUGUUAUUUAUUUCUUUUUCCCCUUUAUGGUCUUAAAUAAUUUGAAUCUUUCAAGGAUUUUUCCAUACUGUUUUCAAGAUAGAAGAUAAUUUGACAGGUGGGGGAGAAGGAUGCAUGUUUGAGACUCCAUAAAUUCAACAUUCUUUUCAAUAGGUAAUAAAUGAUUAUAAACAAGAUGCAUCUUAGAUAGUAUUAAUAUCCUAAGCCUUGGAUUUCAUAUUUAAUAUAGGACCUUACUUUUCUGAAUAUUCAGCUAGUCAUAUGGUUCCUAGUUUACAAGGGCUUGAUCUAAGAUUAUCCCCAUGAAAAAUGUUGAAUUUAUGAAGAAUGGACUUUGAAACUUUGAAAAUGGUUAACUUCUCAAAUAAAAAUAUCAAUAUCCAAA